AAGUGAUACUUGGUGAUACUGACCUUGUGUUGUGUCAGGGCUGAGUGGCAGUGAGGAGCAGAGGUACGACGCCCUGCUGAGCAGCCAGGUGGCGCCCAUGUACCCCCACUUCCUCAGGGUGUGGUCUUACUUCCAGCACACGCUGCUGAGGAAGUACGCCGCCAUCUACAACGGCAUCAACGUGCUGACAGGCCCCGCCUUCGACCACGACCAUGAUGGACGCCACGACGCGCAGUGGGCGUCUGCGGGCAACGGCUCCGCCCCCACGCACUUCUUCGCCGUGCUGACCAGCUGCAAGGACGUGCGGCAGCCUGUGAGCGCCUGUGAUGGCGAGCUGCACGCCAUCGCCUUCCUGCUGCCUCACAGGCCUGACAACUCUGACAACUGCCAGAGUGCACAAGACGAGGCCGUGUGGGUGGAAGAGCACAUUUGGUUCCACCAGUCCCGAGUGCGAGACGUGGAGUGGAUGACAGGACUGGACUUGUACCAGGACAGUCCUCGACCAAUCACGGAGCUGCUGCGGCUGAAGACCCGCCCCACAGCAGCCAAUCAAAAACCAAUAAAACAAUCUUGA